CAGGACUUUCAUAAUUAGCAAGAUGAUGGGUGCUUACACUGUACAAGCAUUAUAUGUUCUAUUUUUUGGUUAUUUUGUUGGUUCUUCACUUGCGUGUAGCUGUAGAGGAAGGCAUAUUCCACAAAAUGCUUACUGCUCUGCCGAUUUUGCAAUAUUGGGUAAGGUGAUCAGGCAUGUUAAGACAAAAGGACGUAAAAUAUUCACUGUUAAUGUCAUAGCUGAUUAUAAGGAAUUGGGGUGGGCAGGACAGACAAAGAAAAUAUAUACACCAUCCAGCGAUGGGUUGUGUGGAGUCAGUUUACAAAACAAUAAGAAUUACAUUCUUAUAGGAACGUUUACUGAAAGAGACAGUGUCCCAUAUAUAGAACAUUGUGGCUAUAACAGAGAGGCAAACAGGGUAUACAAAGCUGUAUUGAAUGGUUUUAAGAAACUUUACAAAGCAAACUGCAAGUGUGAGAUUUGUAGGUUUCGUAAUAAAUGUAAACCAGGGAAUUGCUAUUUGCCAAACUCUGGGAACACCAGAUGCUAUGAUUAUGCAGUCUGUCAGAAGGCAUGCAAGGAUUCUGCAGGAAACGUAAUGUGUACAUGGAAUCUACCAUGGCAAUGGUGGAAAUGUGUGGCCCAAUCUAAUAGAUGCAGUGUGCCAGGAUGCCCUAUGAUUGAAAAUGCUGGUUGA